AUGCCAAAAACUGUUAUCAAUGUCAGAAUCAGAAAAGUCAAACUGUCAAAUACCUAGUACCCAUAUACUACCGCAAAAAUCAUAAUAAUGUUAUUUGUAAAUGAAUAUAAUUAAUUAUUAAACCUUUUAUAUUUACUAUAUGUUAAUUAAUGUCGUAUUAGAAUAUAAACAAGUACAAAAAAAAGUUAUUAAAUCUACAAAAUAAAUAAAUAUGAGUAACGAUACAGGUCCCACCCGUAUGUUCGUCCUGGCGUUCGAUCAUAACGACUGCCAAAAUUUUCUGGGACAGCAACCCUUACCUCUUCAGAUACUGAACCUGGAUAACAAUCAUUAUUUACUGGCACUACAAGCUGAUCAUCCAGAGAGAGAUAAUAGUAAUUCAUUACAAAUAACUCUAGAUUCAACAAUAAGGGACAAUUUAUCAGCUCUUUCCGAUAACAACACUCUCGGCCAAAACAUUGGAAAUACUCAUGUUGCAGCAAAUAAUAUAAGUCAAGAAUAUAUAAAUAUGCAGCUUAGCAAUCAAGCUACAGAAUCUCAUACGGAAUUGAAUAAUAAACCAGUGGAAUUACAAUUGAACAACACUGACAAAAAAAUUGCUGCUAAUAAAAUAUGUCAAAAUUAUGUCCAUAUCCCUGACCGCGCAGCGCCGGUGCGUGCGGAGGCGGUGUUGCCGUCGGCACUGCAACUACGGCGUGACGGCCGCGUAGUCUCGAGGCGCCGGUUGCCUGCGCGUACUCGCUUUGGACCUUUGCGAGGAGUGAAUCACAAAGUAAGCUAUUCGGUUGCACGUGAAUUAACUAUUAAAGCCUCUGAUUUAAAAGUACCUAUAUUUCUUAUAAAGAACAAAUCAGAUAAAAUAAACAUAGACGUGUCCGAUAAAGAUAAAUCGAAUUGGUUAAGUUUGCUACCACUAGGUGACCAAAGCAAAGCAAAUGUGUGGUUGUAUCAAGAAGAUAACGAAUUAUAUGCUAUAACAGUACGACCUUUAGCGGCGCGAACAAUUCUUUAUUUGGGAUAUAGCAAACAAUAUGUCGAAGACCAUGACUUGCCACCAAAUCAACCUGUUUUACUUCUUAGUGAAGUUUUAUCCGAACCAGAGAAUUGGUGGUGUUGCGACUGUCACGAAGCACAAGCAUCAGCUGCUUUGCUUCUGCAACAUGAAGAAAUCUGCCAUAAUGAGAAAAUGCCCAGUUUACGCCGGAGGCGCUAUAGAUGUCGACAUUGUACGCGAACAUUUUCCAGAUUAUUUACAUUGAGAAGACAUAUAACGCAACACUGUCGGAAAAAUAAAUCGGAUAUUGCAACUAAAACUGACACAAUACCAAAUAUUGGAUCCGAUACGUCAAUAGUCGAAGACAAAUUGCCCUCAGACGAAAGCUUCCAAAAUUAUUCUAAUGGCUUAGACUUUUCCACUAAUCUAUUCGACACCGACCGAAUUCCCAAUCUCGAUAUAUCGGUUAGCUCAAGGUCGGAAGCGGAUUUUGGACCUUAUGGUAUUGAAUAUAAAGACGACAGUAGUUUAUCUAAUUAUUUGGAAUUAUCCAAAUCUACACAUGUUAAAUCGAAAACAGCUCAGAUCAAUAAGACUGAUAAACCAUUGAUGAUAUCUUGUUCGUAUUGUCACACUGAAAUGUCUAUGGAAAUGAAAAAACAACAUAUAAGACAAUGUCCUGCCCGAAGAUUUGAGUGUGAAUGCGGAACCAUUUUCAAUUGUAAAGAGAAAUUGGCGGAACAUAUAUACAUAGAUCAUCCAACUAAUGUGAUUAAGCAUUCUAAACAAGAUAUUCAGAACAGUCCUCAAUCAAGUGACAAUGCACUAUAUAAAUGUGAAGUAUGCUCUCAUAUAUUUAAGCGUCGCGGCAUGCUAGUGAACCAUCUGUGGCGCGUGCACCGCACGGGGGCGGCGGCGGCUGCCGCUGCAGUUCCGUUGUCUCGACGCGACCGGUGCUUCCCGUGUGGCGCCUGCCCCAAGCUGUACCGCUCCCGUGCCAAGCGUGAUGCUCAUCUGCGCGCACACCAUCCAAAUGCAGCAGUAGAUCGUGCUCAUUCGAUAUUAGGAGGAAAGCGGCAUUGCGAGCCGGCCGCUUGUAUAGCGUGCCCACGCCAGUACGCUACUCGUGCGAAACUACUGCAACACGUUCGCUCACAUCACCCUCAAUUGGCUCCACCAAAGAAGAAACUAUUGAAGAACACUAAAGGCUGAAAUUCUAGGUGUGUUAAGUUCUACAUAAUUACAUUAUAUUCGUAUCUUCGAAAAAA